AUGGUGAGCACGGCGCCCAUGCCGCCGCCGCCGCCGCAGCUCAGCCUGGCAGACCUCAGGGCCAUGUCGGUGCUUGGCCACGGCGCGAGGGGCGUGGUCUUCCACGUCGUGCCCGUUGUGGCGGCAGCUGCAGGCGGGGGCUGCUCCGCCGACCAACCCAUGGCCCUCAAGGCCAUGUCCCGCGCUGCCGCGCGCCAAAAGAGCGCCGCGGGCGAGCCAGCACCUGGCGGCGACGGCCUCCGGAGGAUCUGGUUCGAGCGCGACGUCCUGCUGGCGGUCCGCCACCCGCUCCUGCCGUCGCUCCGCGGCGUCGUGGCCACCGAAGCCGUCGUCGGCUUCGCCAUCGACCGCUGCGCCGGCGGCGACCUUAACUCCCUCCGCCGCCGCCAGGCCGGGCGGGCGUUCUCCGACGCCGCCAUCCGUUUCUACGCGGCAGAGCUGGUGCUGGUGCUCGAGCACCUCCACGGCCUUGGUGUCGUGUACCGUGACCUCAAGCCGGACAACGUCCUCAUCCAGGGCUCUGGCCACAUCAUGCUCGUCGACUUCGACCUCUCCACCAGCCUACCCCCUCCGUUGCCACCACCGCCGCCUGACACUAGUUCUCCAUCUCCCAGCAGCUCGCUUUCGCCUAAUUCCUCACGUCGCUGCAACUGCAAGCGCAAAAACAACAAGACACUGAUUUUCGGACACUUCUCCUCUCGACGGGCAGCCUCGCCGGAGUCGUCAUCGUCCUCCUCCACCACCUCCAGGGCGGCCUCUCCCGCCUCGUCGUCGUCUUGCUGCUCGUCGCCAGGCGCGCGGACGAAUCCGGCGAAGUCGAACUCGUUCGUGGGGACGGAGUACUACGUGGCGCCCGAGGUUGUGGCCGGGAGCGGCGGGCACGACUACGCGGUCGAUUGGUGGGGCCUCGGGGUGGUGCUCUACGAGAUGCUGUACGGGCGCACACCGUUCCGUGGCCGGAGCCGGCGGGAGACGUUCCAACGCGUGCUCACAGCCCAGCCGGAGCUACCGGGCGAGCCGACGCCAUUGCGCGACCUCAUUGCCCGGCUUUUGGAAAAGGACUCCAGCAAGCGGCUCGGUGCCAAUGGCGUGAAGCGGCACGCCUUCUUCCGUGGCGUGUGCUGGGACCGCGUCCUCGAUGUGGCACAGCCUCCGUUUAUCCCAAUGCCGGACGACGACAGUGCAGGCUCGGGGGCAGACGCGGAGACGCUUGACGUAGAGAAGGUUGUGCGUGAGACGUUUGCCUUGAGUGUCACUGGCACGUCUGAGGAAAAGCCUGACGGCGGCGACAACGAUUUCUCCAUAUUCUUUUAG